AUGGGUUCUUCUUCAAGCAAUUUAUUAGCGCCUGAUCCUGACAAUUCCACCGAUGCUAUUGACACUAUCAAGGAAGCAGAACCGAUCGGAAAGGCCACCCCAGCACCCGACCACUCUGAUGUUAAGAAAUGCAUACAGGCGCAUGGAGAGGAGAUCAACUGCUUGGCAGUGUCUGCUGACGCCUCAUUGCUAGCCUCGGGAUCGGAGGACUGUUCCGUUCGGCUGUGGACAAUGGAAGGAUUCGAAUGCGUGCAGGAACUACUCGGACACAAUGACUACAUCACAUGCCUGGUGUUCGCCGGGAAGGCGUUGUUAUCCGGAUCUGGGGAUAUGACUGUACGCAAGUGGGAUUUCCCCAAGGGUGAAUGUCUCUUUAUCAUCACCGGUCAUAUGGGUUCAAUCACCUCAAUUUGCGUUACACGAACUCAAAUUUUUACCUCUGGAAACGAAAGCCUCGUUUACUGCUGGAGCCUCGAAGACGGCACCCAGAUUCGUCAAUUCGAAGGACAUAAAGGCGCAGUCUACGGGAUACUCAUUACUGCGGGUAGACGGGACUUCAACACAACUUUGGAGGAAACGGAACCAACUGCAGGACGACGUCGGGUGAGGUUUGUUACCUUCUCGGCAGAUUGCACGGCGCGCCUUUGGAGUGCCACCAGAUCGACCAGCCUCCAGACAUUUGCGGGCCACACGGGACCAGUAACUUGUGUCGCGCUGGACCAGAACCACCACUACCUCUACACGGGAUCAUCCGAAGGUCGAAUCGCCAGUUGGUUAAUCGAAACGGGACAGCGGAUCCAUUGGUUUGAGGGACACACGGCUCCAAUCAUCGACUUGAUUGUAUCGGGUAAUUACCUCUACAGCGCCAGUUCUGAUGAGACAGCUCGAGCCUGGGUCACUGACAUGGCGCAGGAAUUGCGAACCUUUAAACCUCACGACCAUACGGUUUUCAAGUUGGCACUGAAGGACGAUUUGCUGAUUACUGGAUCAGGCGAUGGGGAGAUUCGAUGCUUCGAGACAAAUACCGCCAUCAUUCUGGAACGAUUUACCUGCCCUGAGGAGGGGAAAUUCUGCUGUUUUGAGCUUGUGGGAAAUUUGAUAAUUGCUGCAUCUCAAGAGGGACGAAUUUGUGUCUGCGAUCUCUCCCCUCUGCUUGAACGAAUCAAGACAAAGGAGUAA